UUUCAAUUGUCCUUACAUUAUGUGGCUCUGCUAGCGAGCUACAUGUUUUAAAUGUCUUUUGUUUAUGGUGCAGAAUGCAGCUGAAGGGAGUGAUGCAUUAUGAACGAGUGCUUGUUUUAAACUGCCAGCUAGCUAAACGAUAAUAUCGUCGAGCAGCGAUCAGCGGACCUAACAUUAGCGAUUUACAUUUCAAAACCAGUGUUUCUUUGCUUUGGGUGGAACUGAAAACAGAUUACCUCUACAUGGAAAUGCAGCAGGGAAUGGUGCUGGCUAGCUCGCUAGCAAUUGUUAUAGCUGCGAUCCAUCCUGCCGGGAUCACGGGACCUUUCGAGUGAAAAGAGAGGAUGAAGCGAACAUGAUAACCGCCGAUGGCCUCCCGAAGCUCGAGGCGACUCCGGCUGCAGCACGGCCGGCACUAGAGAUGCUCCAUCUCCUCUCCGCGGUCUUCGUAUGGCUGGUAACGGGGACCACUAUAUCCAGUCUUAACAAAUGGAUCUUCGCCGUGUACAACUUCAGGUACCCGCUGCUGCUGUCGGCGCUACACAUGCUGACGGCCAUAGUGGUGGACUACGGGCUGAUCAAGUUACGGCUGGUCCAGCACAGGGCGGGGGGUGAGCAAGACCUGACAGCCAGCGCCAAGUUCAAGGUCUUUUUGCUCAGCCUGACGUUCUGCGCCAGCAUAGCCUUCGGCAACGUCGGUCUCAACUACGUCCAACUGUCCUUCGCUCAGAUGAUCUACACUACCACGCCGCUCUUCACCCUGGCCAUCUCCACACUGGUCCUCGGCAAGCAGCACCACAUCCUGAAGUACACUGCUAUGAUGCCCAUCUGCCUGGGCGCAUCCUUCAGUGUCAUGGGCGAGGUUCAGUUUGACCAGACCGGCUGCUUGUUUGUGUUCGCCGCCACCAUGCUACGAGGAGUCAAGAGCAUUCAACAGAGUAUCCUCCUCCAGGAGGAGAAGAUCAACUCGGUGUUCCUGCUCUACCUGAUGUCCAUCCCCAGCUUCUGCAUCCUGGCGGUGGCGGCGCUGGUCCUGGAGAACUGGUCGGGGCUGGAGUGGCCGCCGCAGUACGACCGGCGCCUCUGGCUCCUGGUGCUGCUCAGCUGCCUGGGCUCGGUGCUCUACAACCUGGCCAGCUGCUGCGUGAUCACGCUCACCUCCGCCGUCACGCUGCACAUCCUGGGCAACCUGAGCGUCGUGGGCAACCUGCUGCUCUCGCAGCUGCUCUUCGGGAGCCAGCUGUCGGCGCUCAGCUGUGCCGGGGCGGCGCUCACGCUCUCCGGCAUGCUCAUGUACCAGAACUCCGAGCUCCUCGGGCGCUACCUGGACUCGCGGUGGGCCGCGCGGGCCCGGGCGGGGGCGGGGGCGGGGCAGGCUCAGGGAGAGGCCCGGCCGGGCGGCGGCGGCGAGGGAGACGCUGAUCGUAAAGCGGACGGGAAGAUGGACUGAGGGAGUGGGCGGAGGAGAGAGAGGGAGGGACGUAGAGGUUGGUGGCGGACUGGGGUGCUUACAGUGAACCCUCCCUCCAAACCCUCCCCUCCCCCCUGCAUCUGUGCCCCCACCCUCACCCCCUUCCCCAGCCGUCCCAGUGCCACAGAAAGUCUACGAGAACAGAACAGUUUUGGCGGCUGCCAGGGGCGAGGGGUGUGUUCCAUGCAUAAGUCUGGCUGGUAUUGUCGUCAUGGUGCCUGGGACGUUUACUUGACCUCUUGUGGGUUGUUCUCAUUGUAGGGAUGCGCGAUAUAUCACAACGAUAGUUAUCAAAAAAAAAAAAAGUGGUUGUAGCCGCCAUAUUGUGCCUUAUCUUUUCUUUUCUCUUUUUCUCUUUAAUUAUACCUGAAGCGGUUAGUAAACAAACUAAAGAGACUGUGUGAAAUGCAUCCCGAGGAAAAAAACAUGUUACCCUGUUAUCUAUUGGGUGUUGAUAAGACAACCAAUCAACACCAAGGUCAUACAGCUUCCACGUGAUCAUGUGAUGUGUUUUUGUCGAUCGCAUGGAGCUGUGAGGCCUUCCUCCCGAUUGGCUGUCUUAUGGUCACCCAAUAGAUAACAGCUGUGUCGUUUUUUCCAGAAGCAUUUCACGUGGCCUCUGAAGUGAGGUAGUUUACUGCCCUGUCAGGUAAAAGAUGAAAAUAAAGGUAAUGUGCCACACGGUGGCUGUGACCGGUAUUACAUUUGAUGAUUAUCGGCGCGAUAUAUCACCUAUUCCUGUCUCACUGUAUACCUCUGUAUCUGGUGCCAAUGCGUUCUGUCCACCACCAUAUCCCCCCCCCCACAAAAAAAUAAUGAGACCAGCCAGCAUCCAUGUGACCCCCUCUCCUCUCUGUUCUGUAUCAGCACUGUGAAACCACCAUGGGCUAACGCUGGGGUGGGGGGGUGUCAAUACCGCCCUGCACUUCCUUCCGAAAACUGACGCACAAGAAGCACUAAGUACUGUCACCCCCCCUCCCUCCCCCCCACACACACGUCUGGGCUGGUUUUUAAGGCAGCUUUCUGUAAAUAUAGGGGCUACUGUAAAGCACAGAGAUGCUCAGCUUGGCUCGCUGCUGUCUGUCCAGAGUUCCGUUUACUUUUCAACGGACACAGUUUUGCACACGAGAGCUGAACAGGGUUUCUGUUGCCUUUUUUCUUUUUUAAAAUUUAUUUUUAGUAUUUAUUUUUUUAAAUUUUAUUUUGGUUUAUAUUGCACAAUGAUCAUGAGUGGGCUCUGAAUUGCAGACUAUUAUUAUUUUUGUUUUAUUAUUAUUAUUAUUAUUAUUUAUUAUUAUUAUUAUUUCAUUAUUAUUACCUCAUCAUGUGUAGUACUGACAUUUCAUUUUUGCACGGUUGCCAUGGUUUCAGCAUCUGAGUACAGUUUGUUGAGACCAACCUGCCCCCCCCCCCCAACACCACCACUCGCCUCUCCAGUGUCCUUCCCCCCAAGCCUGUAAACUUAGCACAAAGUCUCACAGAUACCCCACAUUAUACAUGCCUACCUGCCCCCACUGUCCCCCUCCCCAAACAAUAACCCUCCUCUUCCUUGCUAGAAUUCAUUGGGCUACUCAGCGAAGUUCGUAGUGAAUUAUCUUUUUAUGUGCUUUCAGCUCUUUUUAUUUUUAUUCAAAAUUUUUAUAAUGCCAGGCUGGGGCAGUAUUGGUGUCCCUCUCUGCCCUUGUUGGGGGCGGGGGUGGGGGUGGUGGGGUGUGAGGGGCGUGUCUGUGUUUAGGAAGACGUGGGUGCGCGCCCGGAACUCGCACGGGCUGUGAGAAAUCUCCCAGAGUGCACCGGGGCGCCCGCGGGAACGGCCGCGUGUGAGCCAGGCUUAAUCUUCGCCCACCCCUGUCCUUUGACCUCCCGCCGCUGUCUCUCUGCGCACAGGGGACAGGAAGUCUCUGAUAAACGUCCGGUCCUGACCGUAACUUCAGAUACUUUUUUUUUUUGUUUGUUUGUUUUUAUUGUAAUUUUUUUUUUAACGUUUUUUUGUUUUUAAAUGUAAGGAAUUUAACCGUAAAAACUGUUCAGCCACCAGGUUUGUCCCCCCUAACCCCGCCCCCUCAUUGGCUGCAUGCACUCCGCAUGGUACGACACUGGAUGUGUUGCGACAUUUGACCCAGGAAGUGAAACGGUGGCGAAUGCCCUGUUUUGGCCACAUGAGAAUGCCAUGCACUUGUCUUCACACUCUCCCCAUUGAGCUCCUGUAAGUCUGUUAUAAAAGUAGCUUAAUUUGCGGCUCAGUGUUUCCCAGCCUCGGUCCUGUUGGCAAGCUGUAUAAGCCGUUUUCUGUCCUAAGUAAACACUCACCUGCAUCAUCUGUAUGGCCUAUUUACAUUGUCAUUCAUUUGAAUUCUCUUAACCGCAAAACCGAUUGUUGACUAAACUUUUAAGUGAAUAGAAAUGGAAAGUUCAUUGACAUUACUAAUUUUAACGGGCAAAUUGAUGGGAUUUAAUUGGCAGGUACUGUCUUUUACUAAAAAUUCAGCGCUUUUCUUCCUCAAAGUGCAAAUGACGCAUUCCACUGUGAAUUGAUGUCGAGUCUUGAUCAGUAUUGCAGUAACCACUCAAUCAAGCCUGUCUAAUUAAGAGCUGUUAUAAUGAAUGCCAGCUGCAGCAGCAUGCUCCUGAGGACCAAGGUUGGGAAAUACCGGUUUGGACCGGUUUUUGUACUCAGAGCAGGUCGAGAGAGUGGCUCUGCUGGAAUAGAAUUUUUAACAGUUCUGUGAUGGAUUAGUCGGGCUGCCUCUCCAGUGCUCUUGGGGAUCAGGGUGUGAAGGUUCUGAGGUAGAUUAGUCAGGCGGCUGCCUGUUCAGUGGAUUCUGCUGAGGCCUACUGAGAGACAGGACUGCGUGUGAGACGCUAGCGUCCUCCUGUCUGAAGUGAAGCAGAAAUUGCACUGGAAAUGUUGCCUUUGUAGCGAGGCUACUCGUUUUACGUUAUCGGUGUUGUCUGAGGGGUUUACAAAGCAAAUGUUAGAUGUAAAUUAUUUUAUUAUAUUUAUGCAUUUUACAAUCAUGGGAAACUGACUAAAUAUACUGGUUGCAGGAAAAGAAACAAA